GAGAGUCGUACCGUACUUGCACAUCUUGUUGUCUUUUAGACGGUACACCAUACAGCCAUGGCCAAAGACGCUUCCGAGAAUAUAUGGCAGAAUUUCUUCCAACAGCACGAUUCCAUUGUAUCGUUACUCGACAGCCACGCUUCCCUCCUCGUUCAAUUGCGCGAGCAUUGCGCUGGGAGCACCACGGUCCUGGAUGCCAUCCAAGCGCGCUUACUUAGCACAGAAACUCUCAUCGCUGGUUUCAGGUCAUCUGCGGAAUCAUUGAGAUCGAUCACCAAUCAGGAAGACUUCGAGUCAACAGACUCAGUCAGCCGUCCACAGCCGAAGCCAUCCAUUUCCACUGAACGGACGACUGACCCAAGCGGUCUGUUCACCUUUGAUACCACUCCCUCUAUCGUCAGUGAUUUGCUUAAAGAAAACACAACACCCAAGCGCAAAAUGAACGCACAAGGGCAUGAUGCUCAUGGAACAACUGAGGACCAACGGGAACACAAGAGACCGAGACUGAACGGCCAUGAUGAGCAAGCAGUGUCAGAAGAGGAUGAUUCUUUUGUACGAGGGGUAGACGCCAGAGUACAGGCAAAAGCGAAUCGUAAAAAGGAAAGAUUCGACAAGAAACGCAAGAGACAAAGUGAUGGCUCGAUGACCAGCGUAAACAACGGCCAACAGCACAAGCGACCUAAGCAUGAGGGCAAAUCGCCUGCGAAUAAGCCUUUGGAGAUUAGACAGCACCACAACGGCAAGAGAUCCCAGUCGGCAUCCAAAAGCAAUCGUACACAGAGCGGUCGACCAAACAAGAAAAGAAGGAGAUAACGUUGGAGAUCCCAAGGGAAGCAUUAUUCUUUUGGUCGAUUUCGGUGUAACCAAUACAAGAACUGCAAUGCAGAAGACAUGCUGCAUGUGACCGAAGUUGUGUCGCCGGCUAGCUCCAGUUCCGAACGGCACAUGGGCCCAAGCUGCCAUUCCGCUUGCUGUACUACAGCAAGGUCGGCCUCUGCAACUUUACCAUGACGAGAGCCCCCUCGACGAGGUAAAGUUCUCUGGGUAUACCAUUUGACGUCUAAAAUGACAUUGACAAGUCAUGUCCGG